AUGGCACAACGUUAUGACACGAUGGAUUGUGGUGAUGUUGCUAGUACAGUAGAAAUGGUUCAUGCUAUAGAAGAUGAGUUUAUGACAGACCCAAUGUCAUUUAAAAAAUUGCUUGAAGAUGCUGAAAAACCUUUGUAUCCUAGUUGUAUAAAGUUCACAAAACUUUCUGCACUAGUUAAAUUGUACAAUGUGAAGGCACGGUAUGGGUGGUCAGAUAAAAGCUUCUCAGAUUUACUCCAAAUAUUAGGGGAUAUGCUGCCGGUCAACAAUGAGAUGCCCUUAUCCAUGUAUGAGGCAAAGAAAACAUUGAAUGCAUUAGGGAUGGAAUACAAAAAGAUACAUGCAUGCCCAAAUGAUUGCAUACUAUACAGGAAUGAGUUAAAUGAAGCAUCUUCAUGUCCUACUUGUGGAAUGUCAAGGUGGAAGGUAAACAAGGCAGGGGCAAGAAACACUAAGAGGAUUCCUGCAAAAGUGUUGUGGUAUUUCCCACCCAUCCCUAGGUUUAAGAGGAUGUUUCAAUCUCCCAAAAUAGCAAAAGACUUAAAAUGGCAUGCACAAGGAAGAGAAAAUAAUGGUAAACUUCGACACCCAGUGGAUUCCCCAACAUGGCAACUAGUGAACCAAAUGUGGCCUGAAUUUGCUUCGGAUUGUAGGAACCUUAGACUUGACAUUUCAGCAGAUGGUAUCAAUCCUCAUAGCUCCAUGACCAGUAGGCAUAGUUGUUGGCCUGUUCUCACAAUAACUUACAACCUUCCCCCUUGGUUAUGCAUGAAGAGGAAAUUUAUGAUGUUAUCUUUACUAAUAUCAGGACCACGACAACCUGGUAAGGAUAUCGAUGUUUAUUUGGCACCAUUAGUCGAUGAUUUGAAAACAUUGUGGGAGGUAGGGGUGACAGCCUAUGAUGCACAUCAACAAGAGUUCUUCACAUUAAAGGCUAUUUUGUUAUGGACGAUUAAUGAUUUCCCUGCAUAUGGAAACUUGUCUGGGUGCACCGUUAAGGGAUAUUAUGCUUGUCCAAUAUGUGGUGAAGAAACAAAUUCACAUUGGCUAAAACAUGGGAAUAAGAACUCAUACACCGGGCAUAGAAGAUUUCUUCCAUGCAACCAUCCAUUUAGAAAGCAAAAGAAGGCAUUUAAUGGUGAACAAGAGUUUAGGUUACCUCCAAAAGAACUUACUGGAGAUGAAAUAUUUACAAAGGUUGAUAUGAUUCAUAACUCAUGGGGGAAAAAAAAAAAGGCUAAACAAUGUGAAUCCUUUGCUAAUCCGACAAGUUGCUGGAAAAAGAAGUCUAUAUUUUUUGAACUUGAAUAUUGGAGAUAUUUUUAUAUCCGACACAACUUGGAUGUCAUGCAUAUAGAGAAGAAUGUUUGCGAGAGCAUCAUUGGAACUUUGCUUAACAUUCCAGGUAAAACAAAGGAUGGAGUAAAGUCUCGACUUGAUCUUCUCAAAAUGGGCUUAAGGCCUGACUUAGCACCAAGGUUUGGGUUGAAGCGAACUUAUCUUCCUCCUGCAUGCUAUACUCUUAGUAGAAAGGAGAAGAAAAUAGUAUUGCAGACUUUAGCUGAUUUGAAGGUUCCAGAAUGUUAUUGUUCAAACUUUAGAAACCUUGUGUCCAUGGAAGAGCUAAAGCUUAAUGGUCUUAAGUCCCAUGAUUAUCAUGCACUUAUGCAGCAACUACUACCAGUAGCAAUAAGAUCCGUGUUGCCUAAGCAUGUCAGAUAUGCCAUUACAAGAUUGUGUUUUUUCUUUAAUGCACUUUGUGCAAAGGUGGUGGACGUGUCAAGAUUGAAUGAUAUACAACAGGACAUAGUGGUGACUUUGUGCUUGCUAAAGAAGUAUUUUCCACCUUCCAUCUUUGACAUCAUGCUUCAUUUAACAGUGCAUUUGGUAAGAGAGGUUAGAUUAUGUGGACCAGUGUAUAUGAGAUGGAUGUACCCAUUUGAAAGGUACAUGAAAGUCCUCAAGGGUUAUGUUCGAAAUCAUAAUCGUCCAGAAGGGUGCAUUGCUGAGUGCUAUAUCGCAGAGGAAGCCUUAGAGUUUUGUACAGAGUAUUUAUCGGGCAUGGAUGCAAUUGGGAUUCCUUCUAGUAUGAAAGAUGAAUGGAAAUGUGGGAAACCAUUACUUGGUGGUCGUGCAAUAACUAUUCAUGAUUAUAAAUUGGUGGAGCAAGCACAUCAUUAUGUUCUACAAAAUACAACCAUUGUACAACCGUUUAUUGAUGAACAUAUGAAAUAUUUGAAGACAAAAUAUCCUCGUCAAUCAAAGAGAGUAAAGUGGCUAGAGGAUGAACAUGUGCGCACAUUUAGUCAUUGGCUUAGAAAAAAGGUUUCAGAUGACAUAAGUAAGAAAGAACCUAUUGAAAAGGAACUUAAGUGGCUGGCACAAGGACCAAGACAACAAGUUCUUACGUACCCUGGAUAUAUCAUUCAUGGUUGUCGUUACCACAUCAAGAACCGUGAUGAGGCACGAGUCAACCAAAAUAGUGGUGUUAGUAUUGUGGCAUCGACCAUGCAAAUUGCAAGUUCCAAAGAUAAGAAUCCUGUGCUUGGUGACAUGUGUUUUUAUGGCAUUAUCACAGAGAUAUGGGACCUUGAUUAUAACAUGUUUAACAUUUGUGUUUUUAAGUGUGAUUGGGUUGAUAGCAAGAAUGGUGUCAAAGUUGAUGAGCUUGGUUUUACAUUAGUUGAUUUGAGCAAGAUAGGACAUAAAUCAGAUCCUUUCAUUUUGGCAACGCAAGCUCAACAAGUUUUUUAUGUAGAAGAUCAAGUUGAUCCAAGAUGGUCUAUUGUAUUAUCAAGGCCAAAAAUGGAGUUGUUUGACAUAGAAGGUGAUGACAACAUAGCCGACAAUUGUAUGGAGCAUCACCCAUUUGCGAAUGGGAUGCCUAAUAUUAAGUCUUUUGAUGAAGUUGAAGAUUAUGAUGAAAUUUGUAUGCGUACUGAUUGUGAGGGGAUUUGGAUUGAAAAUUAA